GGGCUUAAUAUAAAAAAGAAUUGUAGAAAUACAAAUUACAAACGUGUGUCCAUUCAGAAAAAAAAAUGUACGGAGGUCUUAUUUACGUACUUAUUCAUUACUUUUCGAGAUAACUGGCACAAUAACAUAACAAUUCCACGUUUACAAGAAAACGACUGACAUAAGUCAUUGUUUUUUAUCAAUUCGUAUCGAAGCGUUGGCGCCAUAGCGACGUGAACAUGCUGAGAUCGAGGAUCUUGGGCCUUCAAAGGGUCGUAACUGCGGUUCCACAAGUCGCUAUACCACGUUUGACUCCCGUCAGGUCGUACAAAGUGCACCAGGUAUGCGACGCGCACAUGAACGAGCUGCCGAUCCCGUGCGGGCCGUGGAAGCCCUGGUAUGACGCCAAGCAAAGCUUCUACAACAAAAUCUUCGUAGGCGGAGUCUUAUGGUUUUUGUUCUCGUUCGCCAUGAUGAUAGCGACUGACAGCAUCACACUGAACUUUUCCCCGCCCGCGUACCCCGGCCCGCCCAGCGACAUGGUCCAGGACUGCGAGGAUGAAUAAAAUUUUACCUUGUGACUUUGACAAUAAAGUUAUUUCUCUUUGGUGA